CAGCUGUUUGAACGUUCUAAUUUGUGCAGUGAGCCCAGCAGCAGCGGCGGCACAGACUCAAAGCUUCGCGGGCGAGCGCAGCAGCCCCGAGAGCGUCCGCUGCCCAAGCCCGCAGCCUCCCCGCCCAGCUCCCGCGAUGCGGCCCGGCCCGUAAUCCGCCGCCGAGCCGGGGACGCUCCGCACCACAACUACCUCAGCGCCCCAGCCCCCCCCGCCGCGCUACCCCCGCUCCAAGGUUUCUACAUUGCCAUAGGGCGCCCCCCUGAGGCAGAUCCACUCUCACCAUGUUCCAGCGCUUCACCAGCCUCUUCUUUAGCACCCCUCCACCCGCAGAGGACCCCGACAGCCCCCGAGCCUUCGUCUCCAAAGAGGAUGAAGUGGACGGCUGGCUCAUCAUUGACCUGCCGGACAGCUACGCAGCUCCUCCCAGCCCCGGGGUCGCCCCUGCCCCCGCGGGCCGCCCUCCGCCCGCGCCCUCCUUGAUGGACGAGAGCUGGUUUGUCACCCCUCCCGCCUGUUUUACUGCAGAGGGGCCCGGCCUCGGGCCUGCCCGCCUCCAGAGCAGCCCGCUGGAGGACCUCCUCAUCGAGCACCCCAGCAUGUCUGUUUACGUCACCGGCAGCACCAUAGUGCUGGAGCCUGGGCCCCCCACCCCGCCCCCGGACGCUGCCCUGCCUGUCGCCGACCUUAGCGAGGGGGAGCUGGUGGUGCCUGCCCGCCGCGAGCCCCGAGCCCUGCACCACGCUGCCGCCCCACUGCCGGCGCGGGCUGCUGUGCUGGAGAAAGCCGGGCAGAUGCGGCGGCUGCAGCGGGCCCGGCAGCGAGCAGAGCGCCACGCGCUGAGCGCCAAGGUGGUGCAGAGGCAGAACCGCGCCCGCGAGAGCCGUCCGCGUCGGCCCAAGCACCAGGGCAGCUUCGUCUACCAGCCGUGCCAGCGCCAGUUCAACUACUGAGCUUCCACACGGCGGCCUCACAGCCCCUGGCUGCCUGCCCGCCCCCACCCCCUCCAAGGCCUGCCUAGGGUUGGAGACAACCUCCUUCCUUAAGUGUGAGGUGGGGUAGCCCUCCUUACUCCAGCUCCUGUUUCCCCUUUUGAUUCUCUAGUUGGCCUCCAAAUCCCUUCUGACCCGUCCCCCUCCCACCUUCUGCCACCCCCCCCACACACACACACAUACACCCUGCCCUACAUCCUCCACCCCACACUGCUUUCUCUGGUCCCCAUCCAAGUCUCUGGCCUGACAUUCCCCUUCAUUCUUAGCCCUUUAGCCCUCUACCUCUGGCCACUCCUGUUUCUGAGUUUCUUCCAGUGCCAGAUAUGGCUCAUUCCCCACCUCUGCUCCCUCUUCAUAAGCCUCACCAUCUUUCAUGUUUGAUGCUAUACUCACCCCUGUUCCAUUAUUAUUCCCUGUAAUUAAUUCCCUCCCAAAUGGAAGAGAAGGAGAUGCUGGAACUAAAGGGUUCUGCCUUUAGUCUUCCCUUCCCUCUCCCUUGGGGGCUGUGCUCCUUGGACUUGCUUAGGCCUGGAAAGGUAAAGUAUGUGGAAGAGGACUGUGUGAAGUAAAUUAGAGGGAGAAGACAGAGGGAGUCAAAGGGAAGAGGCAGCCCAUUGGAGAUGUAGACUGGACAGACUGAGAAGUUGUAGGGAGCAGGGCAUCAUGGGAGCUGACAUUUUGCUUGAUCAGAGAAGCCAAGCUCUGCUCUCAGGCUGAAGCCUGGAGUCCACCCCCACUUCCCUUUCCUAUUAAUACCACAUCCAAAAUCUCUUCCUGAAAUCCACCCCUUUGCAGGCCCCUGAAUUUGAAGGGCUUAGUCUUGCCACCCUAUUCUAAUAUGUCACUCCAGGAGUAGAGGCUGGGCAAGGCCCUGCCAUCCUGGCUCUAUGUUCACAUGCCUAAGGUGCUAGAACCAGCUUAGGAGAUAUGCAGGCCAGAAGGCUUCUAGACAGCAAAAAGGCACACUCCAGAGUAAGAGGGCAGAGGAAUUAUGCUGGGGAGGCUCAAUUCUGGGGUGAAGCAAUCCCAAGAAUGACAGUUCAGCCUUCAUCUUGCCUCUGGUCUUUCACACCCUGCCCACUAUAGAUAAUAAACACUGCUGGAGAGGAAGCCUAAUCCCCAAAUAGUCCCUGUUUGGGUUCAGGGUCUUCAGGGGGCCUCUCCUCACUUUCUCCCCCAGGACUUUCUUCCUCUUUUAGGCUUUUGGGGUUCCCUAUGGUUCUUUCCCCUUUCUCCUCCAGUUAGUACCUGGAGGAAGGAACCUGAAUCCCUGGAGGAAAACAGUGGACCGGGGCAGCUAGCUUUCCCCUUCCUGUGGUGGGGUUGAAUUUUGGGAUCAGACACCAGCAACAGCCCCGAGUUGCUUCCUUUUUCCUCUUUCUAAUUGUCCUUUUCUAGUGUGUGCUCUUUCUUCCUUGAUACUUUUAAGAUUUCAUGUUACAUUUUAACAUAGGUCUUACCCCCUCAAUCCAAUUCCAGGUUUCCAGGCCUCAUAGCCAUGCUGAGGCUUAGAGAAAAGUGAAAUCUCAUGAAGGUAAAGGCAGCUGUCCUCCCUGAUCCUAUAACUCUCAACCUCAUUGGGGGGGUGGGGGGUGCAUGAGGGGUGAGGCGGCAGGAGCUAACCACAUGGAUGCUGGGGUGGGGAUAGAAAAAGCUCUGUUGGGAUCUGCUAUCUCAAGAAGUAAGCCAAAUUUACACUAAAAGCAGAUUGGAAAUCCUCACACCUGUCUACUCAGGCCCUAAUAGUGGACAACUUCACUCCUAUCCCCAGGGUUUUUCUUGUUAAAACUUUUAUUUUUCCAGCUACUUCUUACUCACACUUCACAGCUAGCUUAAGGGUCUUCAGCAUUUCCAAGGGCUGACCCCCCCACCCCCAACUCUUCCUGUUUAUUCCAAUAUCAGAUAGGGUCUAGGCUCAGUCCUGGGCAGUGUCCAUGUUUCUGAUGUGGGAAGUGAAUUAUAGGGCAUUUGGCUCAAAUUUCAAAAGCCCCCAUCCUUAUCCCUAUUUCUGGAGGCUAGUAUAGUUUUAGAGCCCUCCAAUCUCAUCUGGCCGGUUGCAAGGCUCAUGGUUUUUUUUUUUUUUUUUUUUUUGUAUUUUCCUAUAGAUUCUAUAGCAUUUGAGUGUGGCAAUAUUUUAAUUGUGUAUAGAUUUCUAAGAACCAACACUACUCAGUCUCCUGCUAGUCUGACUCCUGAAGCAUCAGACCUCCUCAUACUGUAUUGACUGUGUAUGUGCCUUUCGCCUUGAGCAUGCUUCAGGAUUUUUUUUAAAACCACAGAACUUGAAUACAUGAAGGGAAUCAGAAUUCACAAAGUCCUAUGCAACCUUAAGACAGGAGGGGGUUAGAUAGUCUUUCAUGACUGAUGUUUUCAGAAACCCUGGAGAAGUUUGUUCUAGUUUGUAUUAAUGUCAGUACUACCAGCACUUUGCCAAAACUGAGUAUGUCAGAGGGACCUGUUUUUAGAGUGAGUCCCAAUUACAUCAAAGGGUGACUUUUAGUUAUUCCCCAGUAAGUCUGAGUGCUCUGGUGUCACUUUGCUGUCUUUGCCAGUCUGACCCUAAGCAGAGUACCGUGUGUAUGAGUGCAGUUUGCUGCUGUUUUGGAGUAUGCCUGCUCCCCAUGCCCCUGCCGGAACCCUGAUCGAUUUGCUCUGACUCAUAAUGUCUUAGGUGCAACAAGACCCCACCAGAGCUCUUGGAUGCCUCAGAUCCAUGUGGCUUUACUUGAGGGGACUGAAUACAGACACAUCAUUACCCUUUAUAUCUUCCCUCUUACCCUGCUCCCUAGUUCCAAAUGGAACCAACAAGUUGAGUACAUCUCUCUUGGGUGUUUUGUGUUGAGACUGGCUGAAAUGAGGAGACUCUGGUUGACCAUGUUGGAACAUGUCAACAGACUCAAGGACACAACCACCUCGACUCAGUCACGUGGCAUGCCUGUGUAUGUGUGUAACAAGAUUCAGAUUGUUAGAUUGUAAUGUUAUUCCUCUAUGGGAGAGAAAAAAUUAAUAUAAAGAAAAAUAAAUAAAAAUCUAUUUAAAGCA